CAGUUACCUGGGGCACAGAUCUGGGCUUGUGAUCCCCUACACAGUCACUGUGACACAGUGGAUAUUAGCCCUGCCAAUCUCUGUGCGUGUGUGUUUGUAUGUGCGUGUGGGACUGUGCAACUCAGUAUCAGGGUGUGCUUAGAAGACUGGCAUGAUUUUCUGUUUUGGGCUUCAGGAGAUCUGCACAGAGGCUCAGGGUGCUGCGAUAAGACCCAUAGCUCUCUAAUCAUUAGGGAUCAGGCCGGCCUUUCUUGAGCUUUUCUCCACAUUUUGUACUUGCUUUUUAGUUCAUGGAGCAGAACCUUUUAAUAUUUCAUGUGUUUUAUGGGAUCUUAACUUUAUUUUCAUAUUGUACCAUCUAUCGAUCCAUUUAGGGGUUUGUUACCAUGUAAUAACACAGUAAUAAGCAUGUGAUACAUUAAAUGUUUAGCUUUGCACCUGCAAAGGCAUCAGUUCUUGUGUUCAACCCGUUCAUUUGCCUUUCUGAAGUUGAUUGAAUGUAGUUGUUUGAUUUCCUGUGAUUUAAAUACAGUUUAACUCGCUUUAAAUCUGGUGAAAACAGUUGGCAGACUAGAUAGCGUAUUGAUUUAGGGUUGUUUCUGUGAGCCAAACUAUGCUUGUGGUAUCACAGCGCCGUGUUGGCACAGAGGUGUGUGUUACGACGAGGUGAAAAUCAGCGGGAUCGCCCCGUCAGGGAAAGGGAAAAACAAAUUGAGCUCGCAAGCAGACGAGCGGAAGGUGUGGAAAAAGAUUUUCAUAACCGAAAGCUUUUUGGGAUUUAAAUAUGUGACCUCAGCUACAGUUUUGAAUAUAAAAACAGCCAAAGAGCAAUGUAAUCUAAAAGCAGCUACGCGUUAAUGUUUAUAACAAUUGAGCUUAUACUUUCAACGCUAAUAAGUGGUUUGGCAGCAUUAAUCAGAAAGUUAAGUGUGGAAAUUGCCAUUCGCUGUGCGUUUUGUUUUUUCUUCACACUUGAAAUGUGGAGAUUGGAUAGUUUUAAUUAGUUGCGUUCAGUUGGCUAUUACUGCAUUCGAUAUUAGCUCGAGAAUUCAAACGUUGCCACUUAAGUGAUUUAGUUUACACUGCACUUAUUGUGCUGGUGUUUCUUGUAGUCAUUUUGCAGUGUUUUCAGCUGUCUGCUGUGCUCGCCCGUACUGUGCGUUUGUGUGUGUAUAUGGUGAAUUGUGCAAUCAUCGACCACAGAGGCCUCAUUGAUCAGCUACUGAGCCUCAAUACACAAUGAGACCAGGCCAGCGACCUCUCCUCUCCUCCACUCCUUCCCUCCUACUGCGAUCUCUCGUUCUGCUCUCCCUCAGCCCGCGGGGGCAGGCCGUGGAGGCUGAAAAUGUGACGGUGCUUGAGGGGGGGUCGGCACAUAUUUCAUGUCGUCUCCAAAACUACGAUGGUUCAAUCGUGGUCAUCCAGAACCCACGCAGACAAACGCUGUUCUUCAAUGGGACACGAGCGUUGAAAGACGACCGCUUUCAGAUGGUCCUUUUCUCGCCACAGCUGGUGCGGAUCACAUUAACUAAUGUUAGUGUGUCCGACGAGGGUGGCUACUUCUGCCAGCUCUACACCGAUGACACACACCACCAGGUGGCUACGCUGUCAGUGGUGGUGCUCCCGGAGGUGCCCAUAGUGGAGGUGAAGACAGAGGCGGUGGAGGGCGGUUCGGUGGAACUCACAUGUGUUUCUCCACGGAGCAAACCUCCGGCAACACUGCGUUGGGUUCGCGACCGCAGAGAGAUCCCUGGUGUGAUCUCUCAGCAGGAGAAUGGGAAGACUGUGAGCGUGUCCAACACUAUCCGCAUCCCCGUGGAGAGGAAAGAUAAUGGGGCGGCGCUGAGUUGCGAAGCGUCUCACCCGGCGCUCGUGGGCCAGAAGCGAGUUCGUCACUACAGCCUCGAUGUACACUUUGCUCCUACAGUGAAAAUCAUUCCCCCUCAGGGCAUCCUCAGAGAGGGAGACUCCCUCAGUCUUACCUGCUCCGUUACCGGAAACCCACUACCACGUGACAUCCAGUGGACACGGGUAAACGACACUCUUCCCGAGAGGGCGGAGAAAACCGGCAACAUCCUCCAUAUGUCUCGCCUCAGCCAAUCACACAACGGCACCUACCUCUGUCAGGCGCAUAAUAAUUACGGCCGUGCAGCUGACCACUACACACUGCUGGUGUAUGUGUCUGUCUCACCCACCUCUCAUCCCGCCAUUGCUCAACCCACCCCUCCAUCCUUCAGGUUUUCAAAGGAAUAUGAAGACCCCGGGGCAGUGGUGGAGACCCACAGUGCAGUUCCGUAUGCAGUGAUAGGGGGCAUCCUGGCUCUGCUGGUCUUUACUAUUAUCUGCGUGCUCAUCGUCACCAUCUGGUGCUCCGUCCGACAGAAAGGUUCAUAUUUGACUCAUGAGGCCAGUGGGUUGGAUGAACAUGGCGAGGUGCAGGAGGCGUUCCUCAACGGCAACGAUGCCAGCCAGGGCAAGAAGGAGUACCUACUGUAGCGCCGCCCUAGUGGAUCCCUUCAGAAACACUGGACCGGGGCAGACUGCACACCACAACCACACACAACGUUCCCAAACAGACACACCACCACCAUGACAACCGGAGGGAAGCAUCACAAUCGUGCCAUAUGAAGAUGGAGUGGGACGGAGAGGACGGAGACUUUAAUGGAAGAGGGCGGAAAAAGAGAACAAGUGAAAGAGAGAGAGAGAGGGAGUAGGAGCCAAGACAGGAGGAUAAUUAUUAUAAUGGAAAGAGAUGCGAGGAACCACAAAGACCAUCUCAUCUCUCACACACAGUGUGUAAGAUUGAGACAACUAGCUGUAAUUAUAGGGCCGGGAGAGAAAAGUGUCUAUUCGAAAUUGACUGAUCCAUAACUGGCCGAGACAACAUCACUGCGGGUUGAGCUAUUGAAUGUCCCAACGUGAGCAUAUUGAAAUACCGUGCAUUGCCGAAGCAUCUGGGCUUCAGAUACUGAACUAGUAGAAAAUACAUCCACCAGUAGCAGCGCUGAGAGCUCAGAGCCGCCCUCAUAAACUAUUCAUACCGGGCUAUCACCGUGUUUCAUCCGGCGACUCCAUUAUCUGCUUAUGUUGGCCAAAACUCACCUCACAUAAUCGCUUCCUGAAGAUUUAGUGGUCCUGCCGAAAGACGGUCCCUCUCAUUUUCAUCCCCUCGCUCUGCGAUUCUCCAUUUCCUCCUCUUGGAUUUUCCCUCCUCUCCGUCCUCUAUCUCUCCACUUCUGUUGAUACACGUUAGACGUGUUGUCUUUUAUGAGUGAAAACUGUAAAAAGGGGCUUAAUUAUGGCAAAGCGUCAAUGUGAAUGACGAAGCUUGACUCAUGUUAGAAAAAACAAGAGAGAAUUUUCCAGAAAUAAAACAAUUUUUGAUUGCUACCACACAAAACACUUACACGACGAAACAUAUCUCAGAAGUCAUUAUUUGUAUGAAACAAAAAGUCUACAAAGUUACAUUUCUCUUUUAAGAAAUCAGUACAAAAAAAGACUUUCUUUUGUGCGCAUUACAGAGCGAUGCUAUCGUACUAACACAGAAUAUUAGCUUAGAGGUGCAAAACUGAACAAACUACUGUUACGUCAUCUUUAAAAAGAAAACGGAGAAAAUGACAAAAAAUAUAUAUUUCGUUUGUCUUAAAGAGAUAUCUGAGGUCUUAAUUGUUUUUAUGAAUUAUUAUUUGGACUAUUAUGAUCGUUGUUAUUGUUAUUAUUAUUCUUACUGUUAUUAUAAUUGUAAAUGUUAUAAAUCGUAUACUUUCCAUGCUUCAGUUUGACUUGUAGAAACAGCUGUGUGCCCACUUUUCUCUCCCCUCUUUCAUCUUUCUAGACCUUUCUAUCCUCUUCGUGUCUUUCUCAGAAUUUGUCCGUCUCCUCUUUGUCUUUCACUUCCUGUUUAUUUUAUAGUCUUUGCGUCGCUGUUGAUAUAGCUAACUGUACAUCUUUAUAGGGGAAAGAUACUGAGCACGACAAAAUAAAAAACACUUAAAGAA